AUGAACUUCUGUGGCUUCGUGACGAGAUUCAUCCCUGUCCGAUGGCUGGUCUACGGUAAUUUCUUUUCCUGAUCCUUCCUUUCUUCCCAUCAAAAUCUGCUCGUUUUCAGGAUUGAGUACUACACUUAUCACUCUUCUCUAUGCUCUUCGUCUCGCAUUCCACACGACUAUCAUUUGCCAACUGAAAAAUGAGACCGGUUCGUGUAUCUUCUUCCCUCGUCAGGCUGACAGUUCGGCGUGAAAUUAUCACAGGCGCGGGUCAAGACUGAUAACAGAAUGGGCAUUCUUUGAUAUAUAUUCGAUUCAAAAGCGAGUACUUCGUUACCUACGCAUUCAUUGCAGAUUCAUUUCUACACGAUGAAGAUCUCCGACAGUACUCAUUCCAAUCAGUUGGGUUCGGAUUGGCACUCGGAUUGGUUCCACUGCACUUUCUCAAUUCACUGGGAACAAGGUAUCGAGUAGAAGGUGCUAUUACACGAAAUGAAAAAUGUGAUGUUACAGGUAUGUCACUACAAUCUAUGGAGUAAUGGGUAUCAUAUCGGCUAUUCUCUACCCGACCUCUUAUCAACUCGGCUUCUAUCCAUCUUUCGCCGUCCGACUACUCCAAGGUGCUCCACUCGCCAUCCUCCUCUGGCUCAUCGCAAAAGUCGCAUCGGAAUGGACCCCUCAGUCCGAGAAGGCUCUUGCAAUUGCCAUUCUCACUUCCGUUUAUCAAGUUGCUCCAUUCGUUGCUCAAACGACGGCUGCCGAAAUGUGUCAUUACUUCCGAUGGGAAUACACGUAUUACGUGUUGGCUGCCCUCUGCUCUGUUUGUCUCCUUUUUUUCAAUUAUACGUAUUCCGAGAAGCCAGAGGACAACAAGUGGGCAAUGAAAAAAAAAGAGAAAAUAACAAUUUUGCAAUUUUCAGGCUGGCAACAGCGGAGGAGAUUGCUUUGAUAACGGAAGGAAAAGGGAAAGGAUCCGAACAAAUAUCCACCGAAGUUCCCUAUUCUCAACUUCUGCUGGAUCCAACCGUUUGGGCUACGUGGCUUGCUAAUUUCGCCUUCUUCUCCUCUUUGUUAGUGUUCCUGCAGUACGGAUCACUUUAUAUCAACCAGGUUAACAGUGACCGUCAAUUUCCCCCAAUUAUCCUCCCUUUCCAGGUGCUUGGAUUCUCCGUCCGAAUAACUGGUUACUCCGGUGGAUUCUCUCAUGUGUUCUGUUUGUUUGCAAAAAUCAUUUUCGGAAAAGUUAUGGAUUCGAGCAAAAUAGACAUGACGACGCGGUUGAGAACGGCGUGGGCGGCCGUUGAAGUGCCUUCUCUCGCUCUCCUUUUAACACUGCUCUUCGUGAGUUUCAUUCCAAAAAAGUUGUUGACCAACAGAUUUAAUUGCAGGUUCGAGACGUUUACAUUCAGUUAAUCUGCAUUGUACUCUUUAUCACAAUCCACGGAGUUGCAAUCGUUAUCAUCGUGAAGACACAAACCUUCGUGAGUUUCCGUAUCCCUCCCCUCGAAUUCCUUGAGAAUUAUUCAGCGCUCAGCAGAACACAACCACAUUCUGGCAAACGGGAACACUUUUUGCGUUGUCAUCUGUCUCUUCCUCCAGCCUCUAGUUAUAAAACUUCUAGUUCAGUCGAACACUUUCGAUGAGGUCAGUAGGAAAUCAGGUUUUGUUAGCCCGCAUCAAUCUGUUUCAGUGGUCCCGCGUGUUCGGUCUUCACGCCCUUAUCAUUCUCGUGUCCGUCGUUCUCUUCAUUUGCAAAGUUGAUGCAACUGCCGCAAAGUGGACGGGCAUUCAGAAGGUUUCCGACAAGCCGUAA